UUCGAUGAUUCAGUUAUUACUUCACCUCGCUCGAGAUCAGUUUAGCAGCGAGUUAAAGUUUCACAAACAGAAGCACCAACGACCAAAGUGAUAAAAAUGAAUCUGACGCCGAUCUUUUGUCUACUGGUUCUACUGUUGAUCGAGUGUGUUGACUUCUCAAAUGCUGGCCGUGGCCGUUAUAGGAAACGACAUAGCGGUGUACAAAUAGAAAUAUAUCACCCUAAGGGUGUGACAGUUUGGUAUCCGAAAAAGCAGCAUGUUGUGAUGUUUGGCAUAGAAAUUUACUUAAACUCACCGUCGAUGAAGUCCUGCGACAUCUGUUUGAACACCACGGACUCCUACUAUGGGAAGUUCAUCUUGCGGGACGAUAACGCUAUUAUUCGUGGCAGCGAUCAGUUGCGCUACAAAGCGAUCAUGCAAAAAAUUGAUGGAACGUAUUUUAAUGAAAUUGGCGACUUUCAUGUCGCUGAAAGUAGGAUCAUCUCCCGUCAGACUGAAUGUUCCCGUGACAAUCAAGCAACCACACCAAACUCUGAUGUUACCAAGCUUCAGCAGAAAAUUACCGUUUUGCAAAAUGUAGUAUCCGACUUGUUUCAGCAUUGCAACAAUAUUACCCAAUCCAGUAAGCGUUUGUAUCUGAACAACCAUCCAAUGGAAACCGAACUGGAUUCGGAAGGACUUCACAAUUAUACUCUUAACGAACUGAAGAAGUUGCUUCCAAGCCUGGACUGGGAUACCCUCCUUAUCCACACCGAAUACUAUGGUGAUGGUAUCGCUUUUGAGGUUAAAACUUUCGUAGAAAAGCUGAUGGUGUUGCAAAUGUCCAAGGCUUCUGAACAAUUUACCAUCAGUGACUUGGACGAGUUGGACGGACUGAACGGGAAUCCUGACAUCAAUAUUCGUUUUUCGAACACAGAGGAGUGAGCGAGUGGCAAAAAAAGCUGUUGAGCUCGCGGUGUUUGACAUUUCACGUAAUGCUCUGGUUAUUGUAUUCUGAAAUAAAAUUAAAGAAGAGCGAUAAGA